UGCGCGUUUUCUUUCUCGCUUUACAGAUUGCCGGAUGAUCGAAUCGUUCCUCAUUCUCUUGUACCUAUCUUCCUGAGCGUUUCCUAAUCGUAAACGGCUUUUGGGUUGCUGUGGUCGACUCGGGAGGAUUAGGGUUUUGGAGGAAUUGCGGAUAGUUUACUUAUCACGGGCCGAUAAGGGGGUGGAAUUUAGGUUUUUGUUUUUUUACCAGUUCCUUUGAUGCUGUUGCUACUGUUGUGUUGUUAGAUGCUAGCUAUGUUGGAGGAGGACGUGAAUGGUUACUAUGAUGGGAUGCCCAUGGAAGAGGAUUACCCGGACAAUUUGUCCUUCAGCAUCGAGACACUGUUUAAGAUUUUAGACGAGGAGCCUGCUCCGCCGAUCCCCAAUUCCUUGAGUAUUCCAGAGGGUUCUCAUCCAGAGCAGCUUGAUUGUCAGAAGGAUCACAAAGCUUUGCAUCCUCAGCGUGAAUCCUGGCCUUCUGAGUUGGACAAUCCAAACUCUUUGGAUGAAUCAGAGUGCAGUGAUCCAUGGAUUGGACGUCUUGUUGAGCAUGAAGGGACUUUCAAUCAUUUCAAUUGCAUCUGCUGUGGAGAACCUUUUGAUGAGAAAAAUCCUAGCACCUCCCAUCAGAUUGAAUCUAAUGGAUUUCGCUCUUUUCCAUCAGUUCAUUCUUCCUGUUGGUUGAGACUGCCAUCUACUUCUUUGGAUAUUUCUGUAAUAGAUUCAUGUGGUGACUCAUAUGGAACUUUUGUAACUGAUGAUGUGAACUUUAAUAAACUGCAAAAUAAUAGCCCUAAUUGCAGUUUUUCUCAGGGGAGUGCUGACGAAUUUGGUCUUUUUUACCAGCAACAAUUUAACUUUACCGGUGAUACUGACCCGGUUGGUCUGAAAGACAACCUUGAGAAUCAGAAUUGUGAAACCCCGUUACAGAAUGGUUGUAGCAAGUUUAAUACUGAUAUGGACAAUAUUUCAUCCCCUUAUUUGCUGCAGAUGGGAGAAGCAAGUUUGGCGCAUAUUACGUUGACGGAGGAGUAUGGAUCCAUUAAUAAAACAUGUUCUGACAUGGAUAGAGGUGCUAUGCUAGGUUCCACAGUGCAAAGUAAAAAAGUUCACGCAAGUUUUGUAGCAUGCAAGUCAGAAGAUCUUGCUUUACCCCAGCAUUAUAGAACUAGUCCAGACAUAAAUUCCACAGAUCGAAUCAAAGAUUCUCAUGAUGCUAACAAUAGUUCCUUAACAGCCACUGGAGACUUCUUGGUUGAUGCUGAAGCUGUUUUGAAUCCGUGCUUGUCUGUUAAGGUGAGAAGUUUACCUCACGAUAACUUGGCACGGUUUCGUGGAAAGAAUGGAGAAGGAAGUCAGAUUUUUUUGUUCAAAGAUUCAGCUAAGUGCAACAAGCCGGAACAGUCCCCUCAUAGCUCUCUCCUAGAGGACUCCACUGUAGAUAUGGAUCUUGAUUUACCCCAGCAGUAUAAAAUUAGCCCUGAGAUAAAUUCUACAUAUAGAAUCAAAGAUUCUCAUGAUGCUAUCAAUAGUUCUUUAACGGCCCCUGGAGACUUCUUGGUUGGUGCUGAUGCUCUAUUGAGGCCAUGCUUGUCAGUUAAGGUGAGCAGUUUACCGCAUGAUAAGGUGGCAAAGUUUCAUGGAAAGAAUGGAGACAGAACGCAGUUAUUUUUGUCCAAAGAUUCAGUUAAGUGCACCAUGCAGGAACAAUCCACUCAUAGCUCUCUUCUAGAGGACUCGACUGUAGAUAUAGAUCUUGCUAUACCCCAGCAAUAUAAAAUUAGUCCUGACAUACAUUCCACAGAAAGAGUCAGAUAUUUUCAUGAUGCUAAUAAUAGUUCUUUAACGAAUUCUGAAGAUUUUGUGGCUAGUGCUGAAGAAGUGUCGAGAACAAGUUUGCCAGUUAAGUUGAAUGGUUUACCACAUUCUAAUGUGACAAAGUUUCCUGGGAAUAAUGAAGAAGGAACUCAGCUGUUUUUGUCCAAAGACUUACUUAAUUGCACCGUGCAGGAACGAUUCCCUCAUAGCUCUGUCCUGGAGGACUCCCCUGCAGACAUGGAUGCAAUGCUUCCUAGCGGCUUGUAUGCUCAGCAGUAUAGGUGUGAGGAUAUGGGUAUGUUGAGUGAAUCUAGCUCAGACUCUUCACCCUUGCCUUAUAUUCACAAACCUAUGGUGCUUAAUCUUGACGGUUCUCCUUCCAAUAGUUUAAGACAAUUGAUUUCUCAUAAAUUGAUUUUGCAAAGGAAGGAACACAAAGAUUUGAUAAAGGAUAAAAAACAACAUCAGAUACCUAAUACUCAUCAACUGCAGCAUCAAGUUUCAAAAGUUGCCAACAUUGCUAGUCAAAGCAAUCCCUCUGGAAAGAACUCAACCUUAGAUGAUGAUGCUGACUUGUUUAUUCUUGAUGAUGUUAGUCCUGUUCCUCCUGCUCCACCACCAGCUCUUGUAAAUCCUCAUCUGAUGACUCAGAGAUGUACUUCUAGUGAUAAUCGUGCUGGUUCAGGAACCUCAAGAAGUAGGCCUGAUGAUGAGUGGUUAACUUUUCAGCUUGCUUUGCAGGACCUUUCUCAACCAAAGGCGGAAGCUAGCCCGCCAGAUGGGGUUUUAGCAGUUCCUCUUUUGAAACAUCAGAGGAUAGCUUUGUCAUGGAUGGUACAAAAGGAGACUUCUGGGUUGAAUUGCUCAGGUGGCAUUCUUGCUGAUGACCAGGGAUUAGGGAAAACAGUAUCAACUAUUGCACUUAUCCUCACGGAAAGGUCUCCAUCAUCUGCUUCUAGUUCUGUGACUCAGAAAAAAAUUAAAUUUGAACAUCUGAAUUUGGUUGAUGAGGAUGAUGGUGGUGGCAGUGCUGAUGGUAAUAGGAUGAAACAGCUCUCGGAUUCUGGCCCUAGCACACAUAUCAAGCCAAUAAAUGUUGAUGGUUCUCUUGUGCCUGUCAGGGGAAGGCCUGCCGCGGGGACUUUGGUUGUUUGCCCAACAAGUGUUCUUCGACAGUGGGCAGAGGAACUGCAAAACAAGAUUACAAGUAAGGCCAAUUUAUCAUUUCUAGUAUAUCAUGGCAGUAAUCGAACAAAAGAUCCAUACGAGCUUGCCAAAUUUGAUGUUGUACUCACCACAUAUGCUAUUGUAAGCAUGGAAGUACCUAAGCAGCCACUAGUUGAUAAAGAUGACAUGGAGACAAGGAAGCGCGAUGGAUGUAGUCUGUUUGCAGGAAAUUCAGCUAGCAAGAAGAGGAAGGAAUGUCCUAAUGCAAGUUCAAAAAAUCCAAAACAGAAAAUUGCGUCAGCCAAUUCAAUACUCGAAUCUUCUCGUCCUCUUGCAAAAGUUGGAUGGUUUAGGGUAAUACUUGAUGAAGCUCAAAGUAUUAAAAAUCACAGGACUCAAGUUGCUAGGGCAUGCUGGGGACUUCGGGCCAAGAGAAGGUGGUGCUUGUCUGGAACUCCCAUCCAGAAUGCGAUUGAUGAUCUUUAUAGCUAUUUUCGAUUUCUCAGAUAUGAUCCUUAUGCUGCUUAUAAGUCAUUCUGCUCUACAAUAAAAAUCCCAAUCAGCCGGAAUCCAACCAAUGGGUACAAAAAGCUUCAAGCAGUCCUAAAGACAGUAAUGCUGCGGCGCACUAAAGGCACACUUAUAGAUGGAAAGCCAGUUAUCGCAUUGCCACCAAAGACAGUUAUUUUAAAGAAGGUUGAUUUCUCUGAUGAAGAGCUUGAAUUUUAUUUGGCAUUGGAAGCUGAAUCUCGGGAGCAAUUUAAGGUUUAUGCAGAUGCUGGAACCGUUAAGCAAAAUUAUGUGAACAUUUUGUUGAUGCUUUUGCGGCUUAGGCAAGCUUGUGAUCACCCUCUUUUGGUAAAAGGUCGUGAUUCAAAUUCUGUUUGGAAGUCUUCCUUAAAUACAGCAAAGAAGCUAGCAAAGGAUAAGCUCAUGAAUCUUCUAAGCUGUCUUGAAGCUUGUUUAGCGAUCUGUACCAUUUGCAAUGACCCGCCUGAGGAUGCUGUUGUUUCCAUCUGUGGACAUGUUUUCUGCAAUCAGUGCAUUUGUGAGCAUCUAACAGGAGACGACAACAUUUGUCCCUCGGCGAACUGUGGAGAAAAACUAAGUGGUGGCUCUGUAUUUUCUAUGGACACCUUAAGAAGUUGUCUGUCCGAACAACCAGGGCUUUGCCUUUUCCCUGAUAAUCCCAUUUCCGUGGAGCAUGGGCCUGAAAUUUUUAAAGAAAGCCUCUGCACUGGUUCUUCAAAGAUAAGGGCUGCCCUUGAGAUCCUUUGUUCUCUUCCUCUUUCCAAAAGUUCACCUUCACUUUGUAAAUCUGCUAAGUCAUAUAAUGAAUCCUCUAUCUUCUUAGAAGACACAGUCAAUACAAAUUCAUUAGGUUGUUCAUUUGAUACUUCUGCUGAACAGUCUAAUCAUGAAACUUCAAAUGUAAAGCAAACAGAAAAAGCCAUAGUUUUCUCCCAGUGGACUAGAAUGUUGGAUUUGCUGGAGGUUUCCUUAAAAGAUUACCACAUAUUGUAUAGGAGACUUGACGGAACAAUGUCUGUCGCAGCUAGGGAGAAAGCCAUCAAAGAUUUUAACAUGCUUCCAGAGGUAACUGUCAUUAUUAUGUCACUGAAAGCUGCAAGUCUGGGUUUGAACAUGGUUGCAGCUUGUCAUGUUAUUCUUCUAGAUCUAUGGUGGAACCCUACAACUGAAGACCAGGCAAUUGAUAGAGCACACCGUAUUGGACAGAUAAGGCCUGUAACAGUUUCUCGGUUGACUGUGAAGGACACUGUUGAAGAUCGUAUAUUGGCUCUCCAGGAGAAGAAACGAAAGAUGGUUGCUUAUGCUUUCGGAGAAGACCAAUCUGGAAGCCGGCAGACUCGUCUAACAGUGGAUGACCUGAAAUAUCUGUUCAUGGCGUAACACACCAUCAUUCUCUACGCUAGGUUUGACCGUUUUGACUUGCUAAGCAGUCAAUGAUAGUGGUGGAUCCUUUAACCUAGGAUUAUUUCUUUUCUUUGCCUUGGAGGCUCUUUGUAGAAAUAUAGAUAGGUAUAGCUUUUAGUCAAAAUAUCAGCCAAUCAAGUCAUUCAAUUUCAAUAAGAUACAUGUAAAGCCCUUGUAGAGCCUGGAUUCACCCCACGAUUGAAGUACCUGUUCCCCAUUAUUUGAUUUGAUUUUUCUUUGGUUAUGAUUGUUGGCAGGAAGCAGAUAGGGGAUACUUGCAUUUUCAAUUCUUCAAUUAGAUCAUUGAUACCUAUUCUUUGUAUAUGUUUGAUGCUUAUAAUACCAAUUUAACUUGUUGGCUA